AUGGGGACUCUCACCGCUGGGCAGCCAAGGCUGGACUCAUACUGUGUCCACAAACUACCGACAAGCUGUAGAUUGAGCUCCAUUGGAGAGUGCUGUGCAUGCUACGACGAGCGCCAGCACUCCAGCACGUACUCGACGUACAUUGACGGCAUAGGAUAUGUCUCUCGUGGCACGCGAUGGCAACGAUAUUGUUGGUUCUGCAAAGAGUUCUGGAACAAUCGGGUAGAAGCAUCGGGGCUAGAGGCCCGAGAAACUAGAAUACCAGAGGUGCCAGACCAAGCAGAAUUCCUAGAACGAUGGUACGAGUUUCACCAGGGGUACAGAGUGGUCACACGAGCAGACGGGAGCGAGGAGAGGAUCGCCGUUCUUGGAGAGGACCUGAGAGAUGUGGCCCCAGGCUGCCUGCCUCGAACACUCGAAGAGCUCCGCGCCGGCCGAGAGCGCAGCGAGCUGGAGGAUCAUGAACGCGAACAAGCUCGGCUUCAAAGGCUUGCAGUGCAGGAAGAGCCAAAUGCUGCCGGCCCGAGUCUAGACGAAACACUGGAUGAGCUAUUUUUGACGGCAUUGACGGAAGAGCGCAGGACUCAACAAGAUCCCCAAUUACUGUUCUCCCACCGCGACCAACCGGGAGACGUACAAAAUGCACCUCCAGCCGCAGAGAUCUAUGAGAGCAUGAACAAUCCAAACAACAUCCAGGCGCAAUCUAUGGUCCCAGCAGGUAGCCGCAGCCGCGAAUAUCAGGUGCGGCGAGUUGCCGCGUUGCGCCGCGAGUUGCAACGUAUGCGCAGUGGUAUCGAGCGCAUAAUCAACGGUCUUCGCGAUCUCGGCGAGGUCGUACCCGAUCCGACAGACGCUUCAGAUCGCUUACGGAGCUUGGGGCAGACUCUAGACAACAUCUCUGGCGUUCCAUCCCGGGAGGACGCGCAGCGAGCAAUCAACAGUGUCAACGCGCUCACGGYUAACACGCCAGCCGCUGCCACCGAUCGCAAUGUCGCCAGUCUCCAGGCUAGGGUAGAUGAGGCUCGCCAACAUACUGAAGAUGCGCAACGAAGCCGUGACCAAGCUACCAGAGAGCUUGAUCUAGCUGACCAGGAGUUGCGCACUUCUCGGGCGCGUCUGAACCAGCUGCGAAACGAACAACGUUCUACAGAGAAUUACAUACGCCUAUUCGGCUCUCGCGAACAGGUUGUGGCCCAAGGUGAGAAUUACGAAUCACCAAUAGGCGGAAUGUUUUCGCGCGCCAUGGAGCGUUUCCAGGUGGCCGAGGAAGUACGCCGGGAAGAGCAAGUGCUCAGACAGUUCCUCGCUGAGGAAGAACGGGCUGGCGGCGAGGACGCCUCAUUGCUACUGGCAUCGUUGGAGCAACAGCAGAGAGAUGUCUGGGGUGUACCUCAACGUAUACAACAGUCGCCGGGCAACCUUCAUCAACCGGAGAUAACGCAGUAUACAGCUCCUGCGUGGCAGACUUCACGAUUGGCGGACGCUAGCAGGGCAGCGGACCAGAACUAUGAAGCAGGUCUUCAGCAAUACUACACCUUGCUCAGACGACAGAAUUGGACACAAGAUCGCGCAGAAGUACCCCCAUAUCGCAGCGGAGCAGAUGUGGAGAACGGCCUCGCAGCAGAGGAUGCCCCCCGUGAUUUGCGAGGUGAAAGAAACAACGCCACAUCUCUGAACGUCCAAGCCAGAGGUCCCCUUACGGUUGUCGCUGGUCCCCCUGGUGCACAGCUCGACCCCGAUCCAUCAACAAACAACGACCACCGGCUGGACGCAGUUUUCGUUCUGUCAGCCCUGUCUCAAAGCGAGGGUUUGCGUUCAAGGCUUGUCGGGGCUGGUGUCAACGAAUCUCCCGAGACUAGCGGAGCCUUGAUCUCGAGACUGAUCAGGGAGUCUGCGGAAAACAGCCUCAGUGCGGAAGAUCGCAACACUAUCCAGAACAUCAUACAAAACGAAGACAUCAUUUGGGGAUCUGGUUUGCCGGCAGAGAGGAAUCGGCGGCGCCGUGAGAGGGGGGAGCAGGUCGGCUUCACCGAGAUGGCUAGAGACAUGGCCGAAGAAGGACACACUGUUCUUCAUGACAUUGAAAUCAUGGCCGAAGCUUUCCAAAUGAGUGUGCAGGUCCGGCGCCUUUCUGGCCUGAACGCUUCGGAUCAGCUCGGGAUGCUCUAUCGACUGCAGCGCGGCGAGCGCGAUGAAACAACACGCUCGACUCUCAUCGCCAUGUUGCGUGACGAUGUCACCCAAAGCCGGGCGAGAGAGGUCCAUGAGCAGCACGCUAGUGAGAUGAACCCCGAGCAGAGAUCUAGGCAUGCCGCCCUGGAGCACGAGAGACGUGAAGCUGCCCGACAGGGAAACCACAGCCGAGCAGAGCUUGAUGCUCAGCGAAGAGCGACUCAGAGAAUUGCUGUGGCUGCCGGGCAACUUGCGAUGCGCACAGGUACGGCAACGCUCAUCGAGCGAAUUGCGAACAGAGAUGAGGAGACCCGAGCUGCGUACCAGCGUCYCCAGGACAAUGGAUUCGUUCCUCCAGAAUCAAUGACCACUCGCCGAUUCCGCGAAUCUGCGGUGUACAGGCCACUCACAGAUGACGAGGAUUCCGAGGCAGAAUCGGACGGUGAAGGGAAAGGCUUGGAUGCGCCGGACACUGGGCGUCCGCAAGAACCAAUGACGGACGAGCAGAUGACUGUCAAUCUUGAGUGUCAGGUGUGCUACACUCAGAUCGCCACCAUUGCCACGCUUCCCUGCGGGCACCUGAGUAUGKGUCAAUGGUGCAGCGACCAGCAUUCACCAACUUUGGCUCAUGACAGAACCCGUCCGAGACGUCCCGCGGCUUGCCCAGUAUGCAGGAAAGGAAUUCGACAAAAGGUGAAAGUGUUCAGGUCAUAA